CGAAAACACUACUCCUUUCACCGGAAGUAGGCGAAUGACCGUCAAAGCUUUUAGGACGGAGGAUAAAUCGAAUUUUUGAUAAAAACUUGCCUUUAUUACUUUGAAAAUACCCGUGGCCGACGACCAUGUGGUAUGAAAUAUUGCCCGGUUUUGCUGUAAUGGCUGUCUGUCUUAUGAUUCCUGGUAUCGCCACGAUUCACAUCCAGAAAUUUACAAAUAAAAAAAGUUCAAACAGCAUUGCACGGGUUCCGUACCACUAUUACCUGCUGGAUAGAGACAGACGACUGUUUGGAGAUGGAAAACAUUCCGCACCCAAGGGAUUAGAAAACAUAAACUGAAGAUACCAGACUUCCUGUCAAGAUUUGGACCUUGAAUUGAUGAUUUAUUUUACAUUAAAUGUAUUAAAGGAUUGAGAAUUA